GGGGAGAGCAACGCUGAGGGAGCAGGGCGGCAGGGCUGCUUGCUGAGCAGGAGGGAUCAGACGGGAAUCUCUUUAAUUUAUUGCUUGCUGAGUGUUCUGUCUGGUGAAAGUCAUGUCAUCCAUAUUGCCAUUCACUCCACCAGUUGUGAAGAGACUUCUGGGGUGGAAAAAAUCUGCUGGUGGCUCUGGAGGGGCGGCUGGUAGUGAGCAGAAUGGUCAGGAUGAAAAGUGGUGUGAAAAAGCCGUGAAAAGCUUGGUCAAGAAGCUAAAGAAAACAGGACAGCUGGAUGAACUUGAGAAGGCAAUUACCACUCAGAAUUGCAGUACAAAAUGUGUGACAAUUCCAAGAUCUCUCGAUGGCCGUCUACAGGUAUCUCAUCGUAAAGGAUUACCACAUGUUAUUUACUGUCGUUUGUGGCGUUGGCCAGAUCUUCACAGUCACCAUGAACUUAAAGCAAUUGAAAACUGUGAAUAUGCUUUUAAUCUUAAAAAAGAUGAAGUAUGUGUAAACCCUUACCACUACCAGAGGGUGGAGACACCAGUCUUGCCUCCUGUACUAGUGCCACGGCACACUGAGAUUCUAACAGAACUGCCACCUCUUGAUGACUAUACCCAUUCCAUUCCUGAAAACACUAACUUUCCAGCUGGAAUUGAACCACAGAGCAAUUACAUACCAGAAACACCACCUCCAGGAUAUAUCAGUGAAGAUGGAGAAACAAAUGACCAGCAGUUAAACCAAAGCAUGGAUACAGGAUCUCCAGCAGAGCUGUCUCCUAGUAGUCUUUCUCCAGUUAAUCAUAGCCUGGACUUGCAACCAGUUACUUACUCGGAGCCUGCGUUUUGGUGUUCAAUAGCAUAUUAUGAAUUGAAUCAGAGAGUGGGAGAAACCUUCCACGCAUCCCAGCCUUCUCUGACUGUAGAUGGCUUUACAGAUCCAUCAAAUUCAGAACGAUUUUGUCUAGGUUUGCUUUCCAAUGUAAACAGGAAUGCUACAGUGGAAAUGACAAGGCGACACAUAGGAAGGGGUGUACGUCUCUAUUACAUUGGUGGAGAAGUUUUUGCUGAGUGCUUAAGUGAUAGCGCAAUUUUUGUUCAGAGCCCCAACUGUAAUCAAAGAUAUGGCUGGCAUCCUGCAACUGUGUGCAAAAUUCCACCAGGAUGCAACCUAAAAAUCUUUAAUAACCAAGAAUUUGCUGCUCUUCUGGCUCAAUCUGUGAAUCAAGGUUUUGAAGCAGUUUAUCAGCUUACUAGAAUGUGUACCAUAAGAAUGAGUUUUGUUAAAGGAUGGGGAGCUGAAUACAGGCGGCAAACAGUAACAAGCACUCCUUGCUGGAUUGAACUUCAUCUGAAUGGACCUCUACAAUGGUUGGACAAAGUAUUGACUCAGAUGGGCUCCCCUUCAGUACGCUGCUCCAGCAUGUCGUAAAACUCCUUCCUCUGUUACCAGUGGGCUAAAUAUCAAGGCUAAUCAACAGACAAUAUAAAACCUCGUUUGUCAUAGUAUUUGUGUGUGGUCCCCAUGAACUGUUUACUAUCUAAAAAGGUUUUUAAAAAAGAAAAAAAAAGAAAAA